AUGUUUCCGGUUGUGAUUCGAGAUGAUGAUGAUGAUGAUGAUGAUGAUGAUGAUGAUGAUGAUGAUGAUGAUGAUGAUGAUGAUGAUGAUGAUGAUGAUGAUGAUGAUGAUGAUGAUGAUGAUGAUGAUGAUGAUGAUGAUGAUGAUGAUGAUGAUGAUGAUGAUGAUGAUGAUGAUGAUGAUGAUGAUGAUGAUGAUGAUGAUGAUGAUGAUGAUGAUGAUGAUGAUGAUGAUGAUGAUGAUGAUGAUGAUGAUGAUGAUGAUGAUGAUGAUGAUGAUGAUGAUGAUGAUGAUGAUGAUGAUGAUGAUGAUGAUGAUGAUGAUGAUGAUGAUGAUGAUGAUGAUGAUGAUGAUGAUGAUGAUGAUUAUGAUGAUGAUGAUGAUGAUGAUGAUGAUGAUGAUGAUGAUGAUGAUGAUGAUGAUUUGAAUUCCCUAAUUGAAGAUUACAGAUACUCAUUACUGAUGACUGUCAACUGA